AUGUCUGGCUUUUUUUCAUUUGAUCAAGAAUCAAGAGAUAGCUCAUUUGAAGACGAAGGAUGCAUUCCAGCUUUAUCAUUUAAAGAAAGGAUGAUUGGUUUCCUCACUUGCUUUGGCCUUUCCAUCUUCAUAGAUGUAAUUUCAAUUGGAUCAAUGUUUGGGAUCCUUACAGGCAAUCCAACUAGGUUUGCAUUAAGCUACACCAUGAGCAAUAUCCUUGCCCUCAUCGGAUCUGGCUUCCUGCUAGGCUUUAAAAAACAAAUGAAAAGUGCUUUUGACGAAAAAAGAAGAUGAACAAGCGCAAUCUUUUUUGUCUCAAUGAUCAUGACAUUAGUUACUCCCCCCCCCCCCCCCCGUGAGCGAACAAAACCAUUAGAAAAAUCGCCAUUUUUUGACCAAAAACCCACCCUCCGUGAGUGAACAAAAAUUUUUUUAAUAGAAAAAAUUUUAAUGGAAAAAAAAUUUUGAUAUAUAAGUGAUAAUUAGUAUAAUGAAAUCUAGAGCUAAUUCUGUUUAAUUUUAAACAAAUUGCGUUUUAAAACAUAAAUUUUGCAAAUUAAAUUAAUAUUUGCUUCCCAAUUUUUGCAAAUUAGAUUUUUUUUAAAUUUCGAAAAAAAUAUUUUUUAUAAAAUUUAUAUAUAAAUUUUUUUUUAAAAAAAAAAAUUAACCCCCCUCCGUGAGCGAACAAAAUUUUUUUUGUUCGCUCACGGAGGGGGGGGGGGGGGAGUUAGUGUUUUAUACUUUCAAAUAGGCUUAAUGAUAUUGGUAUUCAUCAUUAUUCAAGUUUGUGCUUAUAUUUGGUACAUGGCUUCUUACUUUCCAUGGGGAAGAGAAAUCCUGCUGAAGUGCUUAAAAAAAUGCUGCGGAAAAUGCGUAGAUGAAUCCUAA